AUGGCUGGCGAAAGCCAGUCAUGUGAUACUCCCCUGCACACUGCUGCAAGCCGUGGGGACUUAGAUGAAGUCAGAGAGCUGUUGAAAACAAAGCAAUAUGAAGUAGACGUCAGAAACUCACACAACCAAACAUCUCUUCAUCUUGCAUGUGCUAAUGGUCAUCUCACUACGGUUUGGACACUAGCCAAUGACUUUGGUGCUGACAUUGGAGCUAUUGAUAAUGACAGAAAUACACCAUUGUUCUUUGCUGCCAAGAACAAACAUGUGCAACUAAUUAUCAUGUUGGUUCUAUUAUCACUGAGUGGUAGACGCCUCUCCAACGGAGACUACGUGUCCUGUUACUUUAGCUGUAGUCAGAUGAAUUUGCAUCAUGUUAAAAUCUUUGAGGAUGUCCUCUUUGAGUACUACAAUGAUUCUGAAACUAUAAAGAGAACUAUUCAUCUGAUAAGCAAAUACUUUGUUGAUUACAUUCAAUUCAAGGAUGUUAAAGAUGAUGGCUUUAUUACAUUGUUUGUAGCUGCAUCACUCGGUCUCAAAGACUUGAUUAAUUGUUUAGUUACAGAAAAGAAAGCAGACCUGAAUGUUAGGGGCUUCAAUGGCUUGUCGAUUUUCCACUGUGCCUCUUUUGGAGGGCAUAUACUGCUCGUAGAGAAUCUUAUUUCAGAAUAUGGUAUGGACCUUUCUGUGAAAGACAACGGUGGGCAAUCAAUUUUGUUUUACGCAGCAUUAAAGGGGGCUCCCUAUUCAUGCUGUGGUAGUCACAUAGAACUGAUAGACAAACUCGUGUUGGAAUAUGGCCUCAAUCCCUCGGAUAGAGAUAACAAUGGAAACACACCUCUACAUAUUGCAGCCAUGGCAGGACAUGUUGAAACUGUGAGACACCUGAUCACGAAACACAGUGCUGAUAUUGACUACAUUAAUAAUCAGAACAAUACUCCAUUAUUGCUAGCUGCACUAUUUGGUCAUACAAAUGUUUUGGAUGCCUUAGUCAAAGAAUUCAACAGCAGUUAUCAUGCCCGAGGAUACAAUGGUCAUAAUCUCCUUCACUGUGCAUGUCUUGGUGGCCAUAUAGAACUAGUAGACAAACUAGUGUUGGAAUUUGGUGUCGGCCUCGCAGAUAGAGAUGAUAAUGGAGACACACCUCUACAUAUUGCAGCCAUGUCCGGACAUGUUGAAAUAGUGAGACACCUGAUCAGUAAGCACAGUGCUGAUAUUGACUGCAUUACAAAUCAGAACAAUACACCAUUGAUGCUAGCUGCACUGAAUGGUCAUGUGGAUGUUUUGGAUGUGUUAGUCAAAGAAUUCAACAGCAGUUGUCAUGACCGAGGAUACAAUGGUUAUACUCUCCUUCACCAAGCAUGCGGGGGUGGUCAUAUAGAACUGAUAGAUAAACUGGUGAUAGAAUAUGGCCUCGAUCCCGCAGAUAGAGAUGAUAAUGGAGACACAUCUCUACAUAUUGCAGCCAUGGCAGGACAUGUUGAAACAGUGAGACACCUGAUUAGCAAGCACAGUGCUGAUGUUGAUUGCACUAAUAAUCAGAACAAUACUCCAUUGAUGCUAGCUGUGCUGAAUGAUCAUAAGAAUGUUUUGGAUGCAUUAGUUAAAGAUUUUAAAAGCAGUUGUCAUGUCCGAGGAAUUCACGAUUAUACUCUCCUUCACUAUGCAUGCAAGCGUGGCCAUAUUGAAAUAAUAGACAAACUGGUGAUGGAAUAUGGCCUCGAUCCCACAGAUAGAGAUGAUAAUGGAAACACACCUCUACAUAUUGCAGCCAUGAGAGGACAUGUUGAAGCAGUGAGACACCUGAUCAGUAAACACAGUGGUGAUAUUGAUUGCACUAAUAAUCAGAACAAUACUCCAUUGAUGCUGGUUGUGCUGAAUGAUCAUAAGAAUGUUUUGGAUGCAUUAUUCAAAGAAUUUAAUAGUAGUCGUCAUGUCCGAGGAAUUCACGAUUAUACUCUCCUUCACUAUGCAUGCAAGCGUGGCCAUAUAAAAUUCAUAGACAAACUGGUGAUGGAAUAUGGCCUCGAUCCCACAGAUAGAGAUCAUUGUGAUAACACACCUCCACAUAUUUCAGCCAUGUUCGGACAUGUUGAAGCAGUGAGACACCUGAUCAGUAAGUACAGUGCUGAUAUUGAUUGCACUAAUAAUUGGAACUCUACUCCAUUGAUGAAAGCUGUGCUGAAUGGUCAUGCGAAUGUUUUGGAUGCGUUAGUCAAAGAAUUCAACAGCAGUUGUCAUGUUCGAGGUUACAAAGGUUAUACUCUCCUUCACUAUGCAUGUGAGGGUGGCCAUAUAGAACUAAUUGACAAACUGGUGAUGGAAUAUGGCCUCAAUCGUGCAGAUAGAGAUGAUGAUGGAAACACACCUCUUCACAUUGCAGCCUCGGCAGGACAUGUUGAAACAGUGAGACACUUGAUCAGUAAGCACAGAGCUAAUAUUAAUUGCACUAAUAAUCAGAACUCUAUUCCAUUGAUGGAAGCUGUGCUGAACGAUCAUGCGAAUGUUUCGGAUGUUUUGGAUGUGUUAGUCAAAGAAUUCAACAGCAGUUGUCAUGUUCGAGGUUACAAAGGUUAUACUCUCAUUCACUAUGCAUGUCAUGGUGAUCAUAUAGAACUGAUUGAUAAACUGGUGAUGGAAUACGGCCUCAAUUUCAGAGAUAGAGAUGACGAUGGAAACACACCUCUACAUAUUGCAGCUAUGAAUGGACAUGUUGAAACAGUGAGACACUUGAUUAGCAAAUACGUUGAUUUCAAUUUUAUUCUAUUGAUGCGGCAUUUGUUCGGUAGUACCAACACUUUGGAUGUGUUUUGCAGAGGAUACAAUGGUUGUACUCUCCUUCACUAUGCAAGCGAUGGUGGCCAUAUAGAACUGAUAGACAUACUCGUGAUGGAAUAUGGCCUCAAUCUUAGAGAUACAGAUGAUGAUGGAAACACACCUCUACAUAUUGCAGCCAUGAAAGGACAUGUUGAAACAGUGAGACACUUGAUUAGCAAGUUCAGUGCUGAUAUUGAUUGCACUAAUAAUAAAAACAUUACACCAUUGAUGCUAGCUGUGCUGAACAAUCAUGUGACCGUUUCGGAUGUGCUAGUCAAAGAGUUUAACAGCAGUUGUCACGUCAGAGAUUGCAAUGGUCAAACUCUCCUCCACUAUGUAUGCAAUGGUGGUCAUAUUGAAAUGAUAGACAAACUGGUGAUUGAAUAUGACCUCGAUCUCAAAGAUAGAGACGAUAAAGGUAACACACUUCUACAUAUUGCAGCCAUGGCAGGACAUGUUGAAGCAGUGAGACACCUGAUCAGUAAGCAUGGUGCUGAAAUUGAUUGCACUAAUAAUGAGAACGAUACACCGUUGAUGCUAGCUGUGCUGAGGGAUCAUACCCAUGUUUUGGAUAGGUUAGUCACAGAAUUCAACAGCAGUUGUCAUGUCCGAGGUUAUACUCUACUUCACUCUUCGUGCGAGCGUGGCCAUAUAAAAGUGAUAGACGAACUAGUAAUUAAAUAUGGCCUCAAUCUCAGAGAUAGAGAUAAUGAUGGGAAUACACCUCUACAUAUUGCAGCCAUGUUCGGACAUGUUGAAACAGUGAGUCACCUGAUCGAUAACUACAGUAUUGAUUUUAAUUGCACUAAUAGUGAGAAUUUUACGCCAUUGAUGCUAGCUGUGAAGAACGGUCAUAUGCAUGUUUUUGAUGUAAUAGUCAAAAAAUUCAACGGUAGUUGUACUGGCCGUGGAAACAAUGUUGGACUCUUCUUCACUAUGCAUGUCUUGGUGGCCAUAUAG